ACAUCCCGACCCGUUGAUUCGCGCGUUCUCCUCGCCGCCUUUGCCUCCCCGAGGUCGAAAAUCCCCGGAAAUUAUGUCAUUCCUCAAUCUUCCCAAUCUUCCCUAAAUCCAACCUCCCACAUAUUCAAGAUGCGCAUUGCUCAGCGUUUACUCAUGGCCACGCCGGCCUCGAUCGGCUCGAAGUCCAGCCUCAGCGAGGCUCUCGCUCUUCUCCCGCCGCUACAGCUCUACCGGCGCAUUCUACGCGUCCACCGCAAGCUCGAACCCGAAAUGCGCGUCUUGGGCGACUCUUAUGUGAAGAACGAGUUCCGUGCGCACCGCAGCGUGGAGAACCCAUUGCAUAUUAUCGGUUUCUUGACCGAGUGGCAGCUAUAUGCGCAGAAGUUGGAGGGUGAUCAAUGGGCGGGAGAUAAGCUGGAUCAGAGCAAGUUGGACAAGAUGAGUGAUCAGCAACUUGGACAGUUACUCGAGCUUAUGCAGGCUCUGAAGAAUGAGGGAGAAGGAGAGGGUCAAUGA